CACACACACCAAACCGUAUCUUACGGUUAAUCAAAUACAAACAAAAACCCGCAAAUCCACACAAAUUCAAAUCUAGUUUUUUAGAGAUUCAAAACUCAGUCCAUGCUUCUUCUUCUCUCUCCUCUCUGCAAAUUUGUGCUCAACUCUACUGUCAUUUUGUAUUAACCUUGAGAUCUUCACCAUUUUAUGAGAAGGUGCCUCUCACUUUCUCACUUCCACUAUAUAAUCUCCACCGACUGCAUUCAAUUUAAACGCCUGCAGCUUUUAAUCAAUGCGCUCUGAUCGCACUUCUUAAUCAAUUUCUGCCUGCCAAUUUCUCUCAAUUUCAGCUUUUUUUUGCAAUGGAUAGACGAUUGAUCAAGCCGAUUAGGGCGCCGUUGCUGCUAAAGGAUCAUCUGCUUGAUGACAUGAGCUCGUGCUCAUCCAACGGCUUCAAAUCAUUCCCCCGCCGCCAAUGCUGCACCGCCGUCCGAUUACUCGACGCCACGCGCAGCCAAAAAGCUUUCGUGAAACCGCCCGCUCUCUCGGCUCUCCAGAGCGUCAUCGCCGCCGUGAAACGCCUCGCGAAGUCGCCGGAGAAGAAGAAGAAGAAGAAGGUGAAAUUGAAUCUCGACUCUUUUUUGCCUCGGAGUUUCUCCAAGAGGCUGUUCAGAAGAGGCGGUUUCCGGAGGAGGCAGGCCGAGCCGAAGGAGAUCCAACGGUGGAAAUCGUUCGAUCAGCUGAUGAAAGAGGACGACAUCCAGCCGCCGUCGGAUCGCUCGACGAAUGAUAGUAGCGAUUUCACUGCGACAGAAGGCGGUAACUCUUCUUCAGAAGUAGAAGUAACUUUAAAUUUACCACCUCAGCACAAAAACGGCGUCGUUGUGGGAGCAGAGUCAACUACCUGCAGCGGUGAAAGCUCAGAUACCAACUCUUCAACACAAUCAAAGAAGCAAUGGACAAGUGAUCAAGAGAAGGAGCAGUUUAGUCCAGUGUCUGUACUGGACUGUCCAUUUGAUGAAGAUGAUGAAGUCUCUUCGCCUUUCCAACAUAGACUCGCUCUUAUGGAAGGUAUUGUUAUAGGAACUAGGAAGAAACUUCUCAAGAAGAUUCAGAGAUUCGAGUACCUAGCAAAGCUCAAGCCAGUGAACCUAACUAGACGAUUUGCAUCACAAACAGAAUCAGAUAAUGAAUCCUUGAGUUCCCCUCUCCCACAUUCCUCCACCUCCUCGGAUGAAGAAGAAGAAGAGGAAGACAUAGAAGAAGAGGACAAGGCAAUAGAAUUCCUUGGUCAAGUGAAGGCCAUCAUGCCAUCUUAUGGCCUCAAAAUCAAGGCAGAUAAGUUGAUGCUAGAUUUUUUUAGAGAAAAACUUGGAUGCGAAUCCUUAUUUCAUGAUGCGUUAGUAGAGAUAGCUCGGGAUUGGAUGAAUGGACAUGACCCCCUCGGGUUGUUCAUGGAAUGGGAGGUGGAGAAGAACAGACAAGCUUAUCUUGAAAAUAUGGAAAAUGUUGGAGAAUGGAAAAGAAUGGAUCAAGAAAAUGGGCAGGUGGUUUCGGAGUUGGAAAGUGAGGUAUAUGAUGCCCUAUUGAACGAGGUGUUGUUAGACAUCAUAAGUUAGAAAUAAAAUAAACCUAAGCUAGAAAUAAAAUUAUGUGGCUUCUUUCUCGUGUUCCUUUGUAGGAGGAAAAUAUAGUGGGUUUGAGAAUUUUUGUUUGAUGUUUGGGUAGAGAACUAGGGAGUACUGCUUUAUCCAUUUUUUUUCAGGCCAUGACUAUAAUGACUAGUUUUUCAACCUCUUGUUGACAGGAAAUUUAGUGAGUUAAUUACAUGUUUAUUUCUUUA